GUGUUUCAUCAGGCACACUUGUUGUGACCCAGACUCCUGCUGUCUCUGCAAUGGAGGGAGAGGCAGUAAAGAUCAGCUGCUGCUGGAACUUGACAGGGGAGGCUGAAAGAAUGAGAGUUUCCUGGCUGAAAAAUCAUUUUUUGCUGAGUCUGAAGGAAGUGGUACUGUCCUCACAGUUACGGCCAGAGAGAACACAAUGGACAACACAAAUCCCCCCACAGCUGUCGAUUCUGAUUCAAAUACUAAUUGGGAGGACAUCUUAAUUUAUGCUCUGAGGUGCCUGCCCAUCCUGGCCCUUGUCACAUGCUUCGUCUGCCUCAACAAGUUAGGGAACAGAGCUCAGCAGCACACACCAGCUGCUCCUGGAAAUAAACUCCCUUCAGCACAAAGAAUAGAAGAAGACCAAGAAGAAGAGGACAGAGAUGAGAGAUAAAUAGUAGAAGUGUAAAAAUAAAAAAAACAUGGAAUGUUUGAUGAUUACUUUGUCUCAAUGAGGAUACAUUUACACAAACCUGCUGUCUAUUAUCAACGCCCUCAUCACCGUCUGACUGGUCUGACUGGUCUGACUGUAACUCUUUGCUUUCUGACAUCAGUGACGUCUCUCCUGUUCAAAGCUCGUGCAAAAUGUGUGACAUCUGAAGGGAACGAACAGAACUUGUGGUUUGGCACACCUCUGCAAAAACUUCCGUGAUACAUGAAAAUAAAGAUGGUGCCUCCUAUGUAGCCUGCUGUGUUGUGAGUGGUGGGUGUGGUGGGUGUGAGAGACUUGGCUGUAGAUGAUGAGUGUUAGUAGUCAGUCGUCAAAGGAAAUCAUACAGCUGGUGAUAUUAGUGAUUACAUAUCCUACAUAAUAAAGUGUCGCACUCACCAACAUACCAAAAUCAACAUGUAUCACCUUGCAUGUUGCCAACAUUGAAUAACUCUGCACUGUGAAUUGGUUUCGCUUUUAUUUUGACGUUUGAGCCAAGUAGUCUGCCUGAUGUUUCCUUAUAUUAAAGCUGUGUGCUUAAAAAGAAGGCAUUAAAGCUGCAGUAGGUAACCUUUAUAAAAAUAACUUUUAACUAUUUACUAUCAGAGGAACCAGAUUUUUUCCCAGAUUAUUUGUCUCAUGUACUACUAUCAGGACAUAGUGAAAGUUGCAGAAAAUAUCACAUUUUUUUUAUAAUAAAAGUUACCUACUGCAGCUUUAAAAUCCAUUUUGUUUACAAUGCAACAAUUAUCUUCAUCCUACUGUACAAACCAAAUGAGCAAGGGUGGACCUUUUACUCUAAUCUUUUGAGAAUUAUUGGAUAAUUUUAUCUCUAUUUGGCAUUAAGCUGUUAUUUUAAUGAAAGCAUGUGAUAAGUUCAGAGGAGAAAUGUCGAUUUGGUAGCCUGGGAACCAGAUGAAUCUGUGAGCUUUGAUAGAGGCAUACCCUCCAGACAGAUUUCCACCCAUCCUCGAUCUGGUUGGACCAGUCCAAUAUGGGUUUGCUAUGAAGACUUUACUGGCAGUUGAGGCAUGUUUGUAAACAACCUAAUGUGGCUGAUGAGGAUCUGAUGACGAUGUAGAAGUUUUUCUGUUAAAUCCACUGUUACGUCAGUAUUUAAAAAACUGAAAAGUAUAUUUUCUCUAAAAGAA